AUGGCCGAGGAGGCGAGCAGCCAGGCCCGAGACCAGGCCGGCCGCAGUCGCCACGAUGCCAACGCCAACGAUAGCUCCGAUCCACCGGACGAAAAGACGGCUGUCGCUCAAAUUGGCGAUGGGACGGGCGACAACACCGACGAUGAGCAGCCCGAAGACGACGACAUGCCGCCGCUGGCUGAGGAACCCAGCGCCGGCCUGCAGGCGGUCGAUAUCCAGCGCAUGCAAGCCCAGUCAUGCAGAGCGUCGACCCUGUCGCGGGUGCCCACCAUUGUGCCGCGAUCAAAGCGGCGCGGCUUGUUUGGCAGGUUAGCCGUGCUGCCCGAAGUCGAGCGGCCGUUUGAAUACCCGAACCAGACCAAGUGGCUGAUCACGCUGGUCGUCUCGCUGUCAGCUGCCGCCGGUCCCAUGGGCUCGUCCAUCUUCUAUCCUGCUCUGUCCGAGCUGGCGGCCGACCUCAACGUCACGACCACGCUCGCGAACUUGACCGUGGCCAUGUACAUGCUUGCCAUGUCCAUCUUUCCGCUGUGGUGGUCGUCCUUUUCCGAGACGUUUGGUCGCCGCACCAUCUACAUCGUCUCCUUCACCCUCUUUGUCGUUUUCGCCAUCCUGUGUGCCAUCAGCCACAGCAUCGGCAUGCUCAUCGUCAUGCGCGUUCUCUCCGGCGGCGCCUCCGCCUCCGUCCAGGCUGUCGGUGCCGGCACCCUGGCUGACAUCUGGCAGCCACACGAGCGAGGCCGCGCCAUGGGCAUCUUCUAUCUGGGCCCGCUGACCGGCCCGCUGCUGGCCCCCAUCAUUGGCGGAGCCCUCGCCGAGGCCUGGGGCUGGCAGAGCACCAUGUGGUUCCUGGCCAUCUUUGGCGGCCUGAGCCUGAUCAUGCUCUUCUUCUGCCUGCCCGAGACGCUGUCCAAGAGCCGCAAUGCUGGUCGUGGCACUGCUGUGGCUGCUGCUCCUCUGCCUGGCAUGGCAGAGUCUGCUGCGGCUGCCAGCCCCCUCACCCGCGUGGCAACGUCCCAGUCGGUGCGCGUGCACACCCAUCGGGUCGCCGCCUUUCUCCAGCACGCCUUUGUGCACCCGUUGUCGGUGCUGCUGUACCUGCGCUUCCCGCCCAUCAUCCUGACCGUCGUGUACGGCUCCGUCACCUUUGGCGCCCUCUUCAUCCUCAACGUUUGUCUGCAGUCGGCCUACGGCCACCAGCCAUAUGGCUUCAGCGAGAUCAUCGUCGGCCUGCUGUACAUCCCCGGCAGCCUGGGCUAUAUCUUGGCUGCCAUGGUCGGUGGCCGCUGGAUCGACAUGAUCAUGGCACGUGAGGCGCGGCGUGCCGGCCGCUAUGACGCCGACGGCCAGCUGCAGUAUCUGCCCGAGGACCGGAUGCGGGAGAACGCCUGGCUGGCUGCGAGCCUCUUUCCCGCUGCUCUCAUCUGGUUCGGCUGGACGGUGCAGCACGGUGUUUUCUGGGUCGCGCCCGCCGUUGCCAACUUCAUCUUCGGCUUCGGCAGCAUGCUCGUCUUCGGUGUCGUCACCACCAUGCUGACCGAGUUUAUGCCCCGACGCAGCUCCGGUGGCAUCGCGCUCAACAACUUUCUGCGUAACAUCUUCUCGUGCGUCGGCGUCAUCGUGGCCCAGCCGUUGAUCGACGCCAUGGGCUACGGCUGGCUGUGCACCAUGGUGGCGCUGUUGAGCUGGGUCAUCGGUAACGCCUGCAUCUGGGCCCUGCGGCGGUACAGUCAGAAGUGGCGAGUCGAGAUGGAUGCAAAGCUCAACAAGCUGUCGUAA